AUGGCAGCUAACCGAAGUAUAUUUCUUUUUGUAGCGGAGGGAUGUACACUGUGGGUACCGACACAUGUACCAAAUGAGAAUGAGAACCAACCGGUCCACAUGCUCAACUACGCAAGUCCACGCGAACUUUCACGCUCUUUUCGCCUGUUUGAUGAACCCAUUCAACUUGUCGACGAUCCCGUUGCCGCCGCUCGCAUUAGCGGUGCCAUGACGCCAGCUGACGUAAUUAAAGCUGUUAAUGAGUUCCGUCGUGCAUGUGCGGAGGAUCAUGACCUUCUCAUGAAGAAGUGUUACAAUUCCAAUAAGCAGGUAUCAUCCGAGGUGCAGUUAGCUCCGCAGGCUUCUACCGGCCCAGCUCCGCAACCGCUGCUGACCAACACCAUGGGUACCACAGGAUCAUAUGGUGCUAGUCCGAAUACUGGUGUUAGUACUCCCACUCCACUUACCAACCAGGCACUGCUGCUGAUGAUUUUGCAACAACAACAGCAACAGCAACAGCAACAUCAGGCGGCAAUGCUUUCUCAACCGUCGCCACUACAUCAACCUCCCCCGAUGAGUUUUAACAACCCAUCCCUGAUGGGCAGCGUCCCGCCUCCGAUGGGUACUGGCGUGAAUAUGCCCAUGGACAACCGUGGAAUGGUGGCUCCACCCGUCCCUAUGCCGUACGGUACACCAUAUUACAUGAUGAACCAACCGGUUUGUGGAGCUGGACUCAUGCCACCACCAAUACAGUAUGGUGGCUCCGCGUACGGCAAAGGUGGCCGAGGUUUAGGCAGGGGUGCCAGAGGCGGUCGCGGUGGAAACGCUCACUGGUCGUUGUCGCCGUAUGCGCGCAGCGAACCGGAUCCACUGCCGCCCCUUGCCAACAUACCACCGGACGUGUACGAAAACUAUGUGAGAGGGGGCAGAGAACUUGUUUGUGCCACGAUGCCGGGGCCACGUUGCACUGCCUGGGCACGGGAGCACACGGUGCCUACGAAUAGAAGAGACACGCGCUAUGUACAUUGCCGGGGUGGUGUAGUGCUCAUAUUGAAGGCAAAGGCUUCGGAUAUAGAAAAUAGCAAACCAGUGGAGCUCAUUGAUCAGCAGGUGUGCGCACACUUUGUUAUUCAUGGUUACUGCUCCCGCAACAACUGCAUGCACCGACACUAUACUGAACAGCAGUUGCGCGAGUUGAUCGCCUCAAAAAUUACAGAAUUACGGGCUCUCACGAAAUCCCAGCGGCAGAACCUUAGCCUGGCGUUGCUCGAAAAAGAAAGAAGAUCCUCUGUGGCAGCCCACGACGCGCGAGGUCUUCGUUCGGGUGGACACGGCGAGAACAGCGGGAAGAACGAUGAGGUGGUGAGGGAUGCGGAGCCGUCAGUCCGUUCUCCCACUUCACCCCCAACACCACACUUGCAGUCGUUUAGUGGACAUGCGGUUGCUGCUGCUGGUGGCUCUACCCAUUCUGGUGGUGGGAAUAACAGCAAAGCGAGGAUAAGUGGCAAGUUCCUCAGCGGCGGCGUGGAGUGCGAGAGUGGCGACAGGGGACGUGGGGUCUCGAACUCUUCCCCUUCUCGACUAGAACCGGAAAAACAAGGACGUAAGCCCAUGCAUACGGUAGAAAUUGGUGUUACAGACAGCAAUAGCGAUAACGGUGGCGAUGACAAUGACCUAUUUACCGGAUCGAACCGUUCCUCAACUGCCUCUGCCAUGUCGGAAGGAGGUUUGGAUAUCUCGGUCGAUAACGUUACGGCCGAGUCAAAAACGGCUCCGGACGAAAUAUCGGAAGCGAGCAAGGCAGCGUCACCAGCGGAGUCAAAUAUCCCCCCUGAGAUACCCUCCGAGCUACCACAGGUUCAAGUGAAUGGUAUGGAAGUACCACACAAUGAGGAGGGUGAGAGCGAAAACAAAGAGAGUUGUGAGAGCGGCACUAAAGAGGAGGGUGAGAAAUCAGACCCCGUUCCCUCAACGUGUGCGGAGGUGAACAAGGUGCAAACAAAGGCAAGGCGGGGCCGCCGUGUUAAGGACAGUGAGGAAAACACUGGCGAGGUCGCCGAGAAUGCAGCAGAGGCAGAGGAAGCGGCUCCUGUAGGAGAGGGGGAGGAGGAUACCAAGAAAGGUAAGACCAAAGGAAGUACAGCGGCUGCGAAGCGGUCCCGCUCCACCCCCUCGAAACCCUCUGCAACGAAAAAGAGGGAACGAAAAUAG